AUGCAUUUUAUUAAAGGCAUAGUGAUAUGUUUAAGUCUCAGCGUGGUCCAAAGCAACACCUCCGACGAAGGAAUGUGUAUGGCCAAGGAGCAAUGCACGGAUCCGGAAGAAAGUACAACUGGCCGAAGCCUUUACUCGGCAGAUUACAACAAAUAUUUCAACGCAAUCGAAACGGCCCUGGCAGGUUACGUUGCCUGCAACAGUACCAAUUGCAACUGUCAUGCGGACGUGCUGAAGGCGGACCUGAAACCGUUCAAAGCACACGGCAUCACAAAGGAAAUGAUAAAUCGAGCCAAACAGUACGGAACCCACUAUCAGGUGAUCGGCCAUAAGCUGUACCGGCAACGGGAAUGCAUGUUUCCGGCCCGAUGUUCUGGCGUGGAGCACUUCGUAAAACCACUGUUGCCGCUCCUGCCCGAUAUGGAUUUGAUCGUGAACUGCCGCGACUGGCCCCAGAUCCAUCGACACUGGAGCAAGGAAAAGAUCCCCGUACUUUCGUUCAGCAAGACGGCUGAAUACCUCGACAUAAUGUAUCCGGCGUGGGCGUUUUGGGAAGGUGGCCCCGCUAUUGCGCUCUAUCCGACCGGUCUCGGGCGGUGGGAUCUGCAUCGGCAAACCAUUACGAAAGCAAGUGCGGACUGGGAAGCGAAGGAACCGAAAGCUUUCUUCCGCGGGUCGCGCACAUCGGAUGAACGUGACCCGCUGGUGCUACUCUCCCGCGCACAACCAUCGCUCGUCGAUGCGCAGUACACGAAAAAUCAGGCCUGGAAAUCACCACAGGACACACUGAACGCGGAACCAGCCCGGGAAGUGACGCUGGAGGAGCACUGCCGCUAUCGUUUUCUGUUCAACUUUCGCGGUGUAGCGGCUAGCUUUCGCUUUAAACACCUUUUCCUGUGCCGUUCGCUCGUAUUUCACGUGGGCGAUGAGUGGCAAGAGUUUUUCUAUCCCUCGCUCAAACCGUGGGUACACUACGUGCCCGUCCCGGUUCGCAGCACCCCGGAGGAGCUGGAAGCUUUGAUAACAUUCUUUCACGAGCACGAUCAGUUGGCGCGUGCCAUUGCCGAGAGAGGAUAUGAACACAUUUGGAACCAUCUGCGCAUGGCGGAUGUAGAGUGUUACUGGAAGAAGCUGCUAAAGCGAUACGGCAAGUUGAUACGCUAUACAGUAGAGCGCGAUUUCACUUUAAUUGAAGUAUGAAGCGACAUGAUCAAAAACGAAUGAACGGUAUUAUGUUUGUGACAAUUUGCUGCAGGUAACAAGAAGACACUCUCUGACAAAGUCUGUACACGCAGUAGAUGUAAUUCAACGCAAGAUUUCAUUUGAUAAGCCCUCCCCCAGCGGUUCGAAAGGGAAGUGAAAAAGCAUUAUGAAUCAAUGCUUUCAAAUAAAUUGAUGUAGCAAGGAUUGCAUGGCCAAACAUUCCUAACCGCGCAAUGAAUGAAAGGUUA